CCAAGCUGCUUGCAAGCGCUUGGUCAAAUCAGCUUGAUCGAGCUGACGGAGUGGUCGAUGACGGUACGUUUGGAACAGGGAGCUCCGGAUCCGGAGUUGUGUAUAGACAACUCGAUCCCUGGUUUGGAACACUCGUAAAAUGUGUCACUGCCACUGCCACUUGUCAGAGAAGGAGCGUAGCGCAGCUAGGGUGAUGUGUCAUAAUCAAGACUUGAUGAGUGAGAAACAACGAAUUGUCCAGUCCCCCAACCUACGCAGUCAUUCGACUCGCAGUCAUGGCAAAAUCGUUUCGGAUCAUCGAAUCAUAGCGGUUAAAGAAAACUAAAACGUGCAGCAAGAGAGAGAGAGCAGCUAGCAGGCCGUCAGCGAGUUCUGUGGGAACUUGUAAGUCAUUUGCCCUAACCUCUCAACUCUAGUCUCCGUGUAACACACUGCCACUGGCUGAGAAGGACUUUACCUGGCCAAGAGUAGAUCUGCUAAUGGUACUACACUGUCACUUGACGAUAUGGCUGAAGGCUCAGUGAUGAUGAUGGUGGUCCUGGUCUGCAGCACCCUGCAUGUACUACCCGGGAUGCACCGCGCUAUUGCAGCUGCAUCGCAUGGACCAGGAGAGGCUGAGCCGGUGUGGACCCGGAAGGGAGCAGCAUGGCCGGGCAGCGGUAGCAACUCUCCCAGCGUAACGGUCGGACCGUUUCAGACCGUCUUCAACCAUUCGUCACAAGCAUGCAAUGAAAACGACUUUCCAGACACGUCCGCCAGAGCGUUCCGUGAUCGUGAUGGGAAUAUACAGAUCAUAGCAGUCAACUCACUGUCCAGCCAUCGCCUAAUCAGCACAAUGUUGAAUCCGGAUAACGCCACCAUGGUGCGUGACUGUCACCAGCCACUAAUGACCAGUGGCUUCAACGCAGAUCCAUCUCAGUUCGAUGACCAGCUGUGGAUCCAGGCGGUUUACACAGCAGACGGGAAGACUAUCCAUGCUAUCGUCCACGAUGAGUUUCACGGUGAACGACACAAUGUUUCCGGACUGUGCCCGACUCACAUCAUGGAUGACUGCUGGUAUUGCACUCUCCUUGGCGCUGUCAGCUAUGAUGCAGGCAAGACCUUCCAGCUGCAUCCGCUUGAAGAGCGUAUUGUUGCUGCACUUCCACAGACAUACCCACAGGGAAUGGGUCAUCGGGUAGGCCUGGCCCAGAACACCGGCAUUGUGCGCAAUCCCAACGACGGUAUGUUCUACUUCAUGGCAUUGCGCUCACAGUCACUGUACGGCAACAAGACUAGCAAGGAGGAGACGGCACCAGAUGGAAUGUGCGUGUUUCGCACCAACAACGUGUCAGACCCUACCUCUUGGUAUGCUUGGGAUGGUGCUGGUUACAAUGCUAAGAUGGUCAACCCGUACACUCUGCAAAAGUCCGGGGGUGAUCCGAACCAACACAUCUGCCAUAUCAUACCGCAACGAGACAACUCCCUCCGCUUCUCCUUGUAUUUCAGCACGUUCUAUAAUAAGUUUAUGCUCGUCGGCACAUGCCAUUGUGACCUGUCUAGUCCCUCCACACCACAAUGUGUCCCAGAGGGCAUUGGUAAGCAUGCACACAUGCACUCGCACACGAAUCAUGAAAGGUACAGAGACCCAGCGCAUCCGACGCAGGCUUUCUGCUUCGCCCUUUCUGACAAUCUGAUCACGUGGAGUGAUCCGUUCUACAUCAUGAACGUGACCAGCAUACAGACAUGGAGCACACACCACAGCGAUGGCACCAGUGGCCAGUGGUAUCCAGCUUUAGUGGAUGCAACGCAGCCAGGUUAUAAUCUGGAUCGGGUCGGCGAGUCGGCGUACUUAUUCUUUGUCUACUUUCAUCCCAAAGUCAAGGACUACGGAAAGUCUAGAGAUUUGUGGAGAGCAUCGGUGAAAUUCUCAAAGUGACUGUGCAUAAGGUUAACUAUUAUUUUCACUGUGCUGAAGGUAUCUGCACGUGCGACCUUGUCUUUGAAUCUUUAAAAUCAUGUACAGAACAAUAAUGCGCCCAAAUCAUUACCAUGGCUGCCAUCGAUCCAGGUUCAGGUUCUUUCAA